AUGCCUAAUGUUGGCGGGCCUAAGCAAAGGAGUAGAGCACUGUUGGCGUCGGUGGCAACGUCGGUAAUGACGUAUGCCAUCCCUAUAUGGGCGAAGGCCCUGCAGGUUAAGGAGACCAGGCGUAAGUUGGCAGCUGGCCACAGACUGAGGGCCCUAAGGGUAGCCAGCGCUUUCCGCACGGUAUCGGAGAGUACCAUCGAGGUGAUUGCCGGUAAAAUGCCGAUAGAAAUUAUAGCGCAGGAGCGCGUGGAGUUAUACCGGCGGAAGAACGCAGGAGUAGCGGAAGCAACGCUUGGACCCACCGAUGCGACCCGUGAAGGAGCUCCGGAAGCGGAUGAGGUUAGAGCUGAGAGCUUUGCCAACUGGCAGGUCCUCUGGCAGCACGGUGAGGUGAAUCCGAAAAAAAACCCACCGGCAACACCCGCCGGGGCGACGCCGGGCGGGGCGGGGGGACGCUAUAUAAGCUUCCCGUCUUGA